ACUUUAACCUUCAGAAACUGAUUCGUCCUCUUUAUCUCCGGUGAGAUGAAAGACGCAAAACUUAUAAACUGGGCGGAGCUUCCAUCGGAGCUGAUCUACUCGAUUCUUCACCGUCUUAGCGUGCCUGAUAGACUAGGAAACGCUCGGAACGUGUGCAGAUCGUGGCGACGCGUCUGUCAAGACCCCCUGAUGUGGCGGAAAAUAGAGAUGUCAAACAUGGGAGAAUACAAAGAAGCCAAGGAUUAUUAUCAUGCCGCGGAGGCCAUGUGCCGUCGCGCCGUUGAUCUAAGCCAGGGAGGCUUGCUGGAGAUCAACAUUGAGUACGUCGGCACCGAUUCUCUCCUCGCCUACCUAGCUGACAGGUCAAGUAACCUGAAACAGCUUGUACUUACUGAGUGCAAUGGCAUAACGGAUGUGGGACUUUUGGGAGCAGUCAUGAAGCUCAAAUUGCUUGAACACCUUGAACUUUCUUACUUCUAUUUUAUGGAAUUGGAUUUGGAAUCUAUAGGCCGUUCCUGCCCGCUUCUCAAGACUCUGAAGCUAAACAAUGUGGGUUGCUACUACUUGGAGGACGAGUCUGAUGAUGAUGCUUUGGCAAUUGCUAAAACAAUGCCCGGUCUUCACCACCUCCAGCUUAUUGGGAACAUGUUAACAGACACCGGCGUAAACGCCAUUGUUGAGAAUUGUCCUCACCUCAAAUCCCUUGAUUUACGCGAUUGUGGCUACAUCAACCUUGCCCCCCGAUGAUUUCCAGAAGUUAUGUGAAAGAGUGGAAGGGUUUAGUUGAUUUUACAUUUGCAUUUUGUUGAUGAGGUUACAUUCUUACAAAAUAGUAGUACAUGAUUUGUGUUUGUUUAUCUAUAAGAAUGCUUUAGAAAAUCUCAACUUGUUGAAUAGAUCAAAGUUUUACAUUUCCUUUGGACAUAAUGCAAACCAAAACUCUUUGGCACUUAAUUUCUUUGUCCAACAAACACCUUUAGAGCACAAUUAUCGCCGUCCUUAAGAGACGGAAAAUAAAAUAAAAAAUACAUAAUUAUGGAAGAAACGUCUUUUAAUUAGGGACAGGAUGAGGCGUUUCUUGUUGACACGUAUAGGCACUUGAAAGGUCAGAGGAGGUGUGUUCCUUCUUCGUCGUUUCUCUCUUCUCUCUCUCACGCGAAAGUUCUCUCCCGGUUGGAACCUCCAAUCCGACGACGGCACGAAGAGACGAGAUGAAGCUGCAGAGGAGAGGAGAGAUGAGAUGAAGCUGCGGAGGAGAGAGCUUCUGGUAGUGAAAGCGGGUUGGAUUGUAUCAAUGGUGAUCCUGUUAAAGGUUUCGCGUCACCACUCAUUGUAGAGAAGGAGCUACGCUCGUCGUUCGUAACUGACGCUGUUCGACAUGUUACCGGGUCGCUGAUUAGAGGGGAAGGGCUUCGAUUCGCCAUCCUGAGCUCUCCAACUUUCGCAAAGUCUUCACCUUUUCAGGCUUUUGAGUUCUGAUAGAUUCGUUUUUUAUCUUUCAAGGUUGUUGCUCGUUUCAAUGAGGUUGUGACGAAGUUGCUUUUGGAAGGAGCCAUUGAUGCAAUUGAAGCUAAUGAGGUUCUACUUAAUCAGGUUAUAUGGGUUCCCGGUAGCUUUGAUCUCGGUCACUCGUGAGAAAGGAUGAUCUCGGUCUCAAAGCUUCUCUGUUUGGGAAUGGCUCUGCGUCUAAGACUGCAUUGUCUCCUAAGCUGAGCCAAAUCAAGGCUAUCAUCAAGCCAGGAGACAUUUAAUGUUGAAGCAAGUUGGCAAUUAAAACGAGUGGCCUGUUGUUGUUCUUGUUGUUCAAUUAAAAUUAAGUUGAAACCGUGUGGCCUGUUCUUGUUCUUGUUGUUCUGUUAUAUAAGCAAACAUUGUUGUUUCUGUUCUUGUUGUUCUUAAUUUAGGGUUCUUUUAUAUGUU